GAAACUAUUAAAGUUGGUCAAACCAGCAAAACAACCUUUGUGAAGCUCUACUACAAGGAAAAAACCGGAUGAGUUCGUUAUUGGGCCAAAGAAAUCAGUUCUCUGAUCAUCGCUUCUCCGAAUAGACGUAAACAUGUUACAACCACGCAAAACAAACAGGAUAUCUGAUCGUUGUUUAAAGGAAAGCUAUAUGUUACACUUGAGAAUCACCAUGCCAUAUUCUACUUAUUAUAAGCAGAAUCUAGCUUUGUUAACAACACUCAUUUUAACAAUGGCUCAUAUUGAAGCUUGUCUUGCGAUUAAUCAGUCUUAUUUAUUAAGCCCGACGCCAACUUUUCCAGCUAUAGCAGGGGAUGAUAUAACAACUAUACUCUUGGUAAAUAAUAAAUCAGGUCAUGGAGGCGAUAUUCAUGGACGGUAUUUGACAGUACGUCCAGAAAUAGGUGUUUUGACAUCAACCGUUAGAACAUUUAUUCAGGAUGGAAUAACAACAGAAUUUUCCACCAAGGUUAUAGGGACUACUUUAAAUAGAGGUCGCCUCUAUGCGCAGUACCUUAAAAAGAGUUCUAGAGUACUUUAUGAAAACGAAAAACUUGAACCGUCCGUGGUUACUAGUUGGGUAGGUGAGGAAGAUUCUCUGCAAACAGCACUAUUGCUACAGACCCAGAAUGACAUUUUUAAUUCUGAUGACGUUGAUUGGCAGGAUAUUGAUAAUAGCAUACGUAUUCAACGGGAAGGAUUCGUGGGUAACACCGACUUUGUAAUGCAACAAAGCGCAAUAGGUAAAAACUUGAAAUUUAAUGUUUAUUCUGAUCAGCCCUUAACGUAUCAAGAUUUUGUGGAUCCCAGUAAUAUCGCAAUAAAAAUUGACGUACAAAAAACAAACGAAAUGAAUAAGAUGGUUGACGAUAAGGUAUUGUCUAUUGAACAUUUGAAAACAUUUACAGUAAAAAACACUGUUGGUCAGUUUACAACAUCUGCUUUAAACGAAACAACUUCUAACUCUUUUGUUCCAAAGGAAGAAAGAAAUCAUGGCCAAUUAAUGGAACCUCGUACAGAUAAAAAUGUGGAAUCCCAAGAUCAUCAAAGACAAUCACACAAUAAUCUAGUCCUAGCUACUAUAACUUAUUACGGAUUCGCAGAGUUUACCACCGUCGUUGGUGAUAGUGUCAUAGUUUUUUCUCCAAGUACUAUUCACAGCAGUAUGAAUUUUGGGCAUGUUACAUCAAUAAUGGGCAAACCAACUCUACCAAACGAGUCAUAUCACAGCAACAAUAGUCAAUCUUUGGAAAUAGCACGAAGCACUUUGAGAACGGUUGCAAAUUCAGAAAACAAUUAUGACUUGGGAAAAGUGUCACUUCUUGAGCCAGAUUUUAGUUUCACUGCUGAUAAGGAAAAGAAUUUCCAUACUUUAUAUUUAAAUAAGCUAGAAACUUCCGUUUUUCCUCAAGAAGUUGAUCAAUUUUUUUCCAAUGGAAAUUUUCAAUCCCUGUCUCAAGAUGAUUUAAAGACAGCAACAAAUCACACCAUACCGAACAUUCAAAAACAAGAAGGCGCCACAACUGUGUUUAAGGAUGAUGAUCCAUUUUCUAGUUUCAUUGAUCUGAGAAACCCAUCGACCUUAAAGUUAAAUAUCGCUGAUCAAGAACAAACUUUAAAAAAAAUCGAAAUAUCUAAAAGUGAUGAAAUGCAUAAAAGUUUGACAGAUAAAACUGUUUUUGCCAUCAAGAAAGACAGCUUGCUUAGCGAACCAGGUGUUGGGAGAUAUGAAAUUGAUAAUAACAGUAAUAAAUUAUGCAACCAUACAACAUCUCAAGUAUUUCUUACUCAAAUGCCUAAGCAAUUAGAAACAAACAAACAAAUUAUUGGUAAGGACAGCAUUGUUAUUAACACUAAUCCACUUUUCGAAUACGAUAUUGUACAAACAACUAAAUAUUAUUGCAUUCGAGCUUCUCAAUCGAAACACAAACCAGAGCUAAAUACAAUUUUUGAGUCCUACGGCACUGUUUCAGAGUCACAAGGAGAAUUAUUAUCCAUUGAGGACAUAGACGAUGUAGAUGAAACUACAUGUAGAGAUUUAGAGGAUUAUGAUAUGACGACAGAAAACGAAAAUGAAAGCGAAGAUGAUAGUUAUGAUGAUGUAAUAUAUAAAACUCUAUUUACCACUUAUACAUAUUUAACAACUUUCUUUGAAGGUUCUCACACAACAAUAUCUAGCCAUACCGAGAUUUUAACAAAUAUCGUAUCCUCAAAGUUGGCGAUGGAAGGUGACUUAAAAUCAAAAAAUAUUGAAGAGAACCAGAUUUCUGAAAACACAAUUCAACAUGUUUCCCAACAAUCGUCAACUUAUUCUCCUAAGUAUACUAUACCUAUUGAGAUCGCUAGUCUAGUGAAAGAGGAAACUACAGAAAAUAAUACUGAAAAGGAAAAAACCCACCAGACAAUAACUACUUAUAUCGACGAUAUAAAAUAUAGUAGGACCCUAUAUACAACAUAUACAUAUUACACAUCAAUUUUUACGGAUAAUAAAACUGAAGUGCAAUCGCAAAUCGAAAUAGUCACAAAUUAUAUCUCUGACACUUCGCUCAAAGCUCAAAGUAGCACUCCCCAAACUUCUUAUCCAAAUAGUUUUUCGAUAUCCGAGAUUCUUACUGACAAACAAAAAAUCGAAAAAGCGGAACUUAUGACAUUUAAUAUGGUGGUAAAUUCGAGUCGUUGUUUAAACUGCACAAAUCAAAUAACUGUAGUUACACAGACUUCCCUUGACGAUCAAAUAAGCUCAGAAAGUAAUACCGAGGAAAUUUUACCAUCGGCAACGUUUCUUCUCCAAACAAGUUAUACAACAUUUACCUUUUAUACUACAAUGUAUGUAGGUGAUGAUACAAAUGUUAUCAGUCGUCUUGAGACUAUAACCAACGUAGCUACUGAAACUCUGCAGCCUACAAAAUUAGUAAACAUAGACCAUUCUUCAUUCCCGAUAACUUAUUUUACAACAUUUACAUAUUGGACUAAGUUAGCAAAGGAUGGUGAGAUUACUACUCUGAGCAGAGAGGAAACAUUAUCCAAUGUGAUACAACCCUCAAAUGUAUCAGUUAUAAUUGUUGAUGAUUCAAAGACAAUAAAUAAUGAAGCGAUCCAGUCAACUGUAGAUGGUUUCAAUACGCAAACUUAUUGGGAAACCGAUAUUGCAAACACUGAAAUUUCAGCUUUCACUGAUAUAAGCUUACCAUUUGACAUUACCACAUACUUUACUACGUAUACCUAUUAUACUACUUCCUAUGAUGUCAAUAUGACAAUUAUCGAUUCGCGCUACGAAACCGUAACUAACGUAGUGUCACCUAGAAAUGUGUCAAGUUUAACGCCAGGCCCUAUGACCCUAGAUCAGAUGAUUAAACCUAGUCAGCCCUAUAUUAAAGACGAUUACUCGACCAUAACAGGUACCCCAAAAAUUGUUUUUUAUGAUUAUAAGCAAAUAAUUGAUGCGGAAAAAGUAAGCACAUUGUACUUUACAACGGAAAUCAUAUCUUCAAUGAACAGCGAGGGACAAGAUCUAAACAUAACGAGUAGCACCACUAGACUAUAUGUUGACGAAUCCAAAAAGUCUAUUUUAGCCACGAUCUUACCUGAUGAUAGCUUAUCCGUCCAAAAAAUGUAUAAAACUGGUUUAGUAAGACUUAUUGAAGGAAAGCGCAUUCAAAACAGCACAACUACCUUAUACCAAUCAAAAGUUAUAGGUACUGUCAUAAGCAAUCGCUAUGCGCAGAUAAUUGAGAGUACAUCAAGCUUUUUUUUUGAAAAGAAAACUUCUGAUGACAAUUUGCUUUCGACAACCGUUAAAUCCUUUGAUAUGGCAACUCAAAAUUAUAAUUUAUUGGAAUCAAUAGAAUUUGUUAAAAGUGAAAGUGAUGAAAUAAAAGACCCUCAAAUCUCAAAAAUAGGGGAAGACGUUAAGAAGAAUUAUACACCAAUAAAUACGAAACGACCAUUUGCACCUGUAAUACGUCCUUUUGCCUCGCGAAACAGGCCAACAUUCGCACCAAAACAGAAAAUUAUACUCCCAAGUAGCGCAACCAUAAUAACAAGAUCAGACGUCACACCAACUAUUACUGCAACACCUGCUUUAAAAUCUGCUGGUAGGUAUAGCUCGUCGCGGCGGAGUGUGAUAUCCAAUGUUCCGAUUAAUCCCAACGAACAAAGUUUAUCUCAAGCUCAGUCAUCGAGACGCCUCUUUGGGCGUCAAACAAAGUCAUUAAUUGGUUCAAUCGAAUCGGUUGGCGCUCUGCAGUCUAGUGAUACCUUUUCACCUUUGAAAACACGUUUUGCCUUAUCCUCACGCCCAUUACAUAGCUCUAGACGGCAAAAUGUAAAUGUUUCUUAUCGUUCAUCGAAUAUUCCUGUUUUCCGUGGGUCUGGAAUAAUAAGUAACUCUCGGCUGCGGAUAAAUGUAACUAAUUCUGGCUUAGUACCAAGUGUAAGGACUACACAGUCUAUAACACAAGCAAAGGAUCUAAGCUCGGAAAGUAGUGCCGAAGAAGAAGAUUUAACAGACGAAAUAGCUGAUGAUGAAGAAAACUAUAGACGCAACAACAACCCAUUACUGCGUUUCCGACGGCCUAUAAAUGGACCCAGUGGGUUUGCUCCUGUUUUGCGACAGACUGGCAGUUCUCAAGGAAUAUCGCUUAGACAAAACCCAUUAUUAGCCAGAUCGAAAACAUCAACUACAACAAGCAGCACAACGACAACAACAACCAAGCCCCGAUCUAGAAGUUUACAAAGACCUAUUGGUCUGCUGCCAAGAUCAAGAACACAAAACACACUUUUUCCACCACGGGGACUUUUCCUUAAUCAGCAGAAGGAUGAAAAUAAAUUAAACGAUAAUGUGCCAGAAACUAAUUCUGAAUUUGACGAAUAUCACCCGAAUAAUAACGAAGAUGUUACCACACAGGAAAAUGUUCAGCGAAGAAAGCGGUCUUUACGCUUUUUAACUAGACCCAAAAAUGAAAGGAGAGUACGUCGGCAGGUAGAUACACAAAAACGAAACCGAUUUCGAUAUCGUCGACAAAACCAGACAGCAACAUUUACCAAAGAAGAAUCAAAGCUAAUUGGAUCUGACUUUGAUCGUAUUGACACCACAUCACCCCCUCGGGAAAAACCUACUUCUAGAAUUGGAUCAAGAUAUCGACAGUACACACAGGCAACCCUUGUAGACACAUCAACAGCAACUAAUCAUAGAUCAAUUCGCCCGACUAGAAUGACAACCAAACGCCCUCAAUUUACUUUAAGAGAGAAAGAUACUAGUUUAAAAAGUUCUGUACGUUCAAGUUCCACUAAUAACUUUAGACGGCAACAAACAACAGGAAAAAUGUCAAUUAGGCGUCCUGUUGGGUCAAGUACAGGAAAUUCAAGCAGCCGCAGGCUAAACAGCUAUAUUACUUAUAACCCUAAAAACAAUGUAGAUCUCGGACGAUUAUCAAGUACUCCUCGUUCUCGAAACUCGAACUCCAAUACAUUAAAAAGAGGAAGAGGUCGUGGGCGAAAUCGAAUCGAAUACCCUUCUGAAUUACAAUCAGUAGAGCAUGAAGUUCAUUCUAUUACAGUUACUCAUUUCAUACCAUCUGAAGUCACAGUGUCGGUAGUUAGCGGACAUGUAACUGAGUACAAAAACAUUGUCACUGCAAAAACAAGCACCGAGCUACUAGGUCCGAAUGACUAUGUUCAACUAUUAGGAACAAACGGAUUGAGUUCUACAUUCUUGAAUAGAGAAGUUUCAAGUAUUAAUGUUGCUGGUGCCACAGAACAUACAAAAUAUUUGUUACAUGAAUCAAUUACAAGUUCAAUUAUUUUUACACCAACGACAAUCCGGGGUAGAAAGACAUCAUUUUCACAUAUUAUUCCAUCUACAGCAUAUUCAGUUGAGUAUAUUGUGACUACAAUUCAGCCUCAAAUUUCUGAUAAUGCGCCGCUCGCCAACAUAUUGCUUUCCCAGUUACUUUUGGGAAACUUAAAUUUACCCACUCAUCCAAUUAUAAGUGCUGUCAGACAGCCAAACGCUGUAUCGACUACAAUACCUACAUCUGUUGAACCUCUUACUGAAUACCUCACGCACACUUCCACAUAUGUAACGACGAUAUUUGAUGGGAAAUCAACCAUACUUCCAGUUACAUUUCAAGGAAAAAAGAUUUUAACUACUGUUUAUGACACUACUGCACAAACAAUAACCGCCACUGAAUACAGUGUAGAUACCAUAGUUAAUACUCUAUCCGUUCAAAAUAUACAGUCUGUUGGUCCGGUUGCACAUGUAAACAAUUUAUUGUUGCAACAGUUACUUCUUCAGCAACAACAGGAGUCUUUAUCACAGACUCAAGUCAUUUCGAACACAUUAGCGCCACAACUACUUUUAAGCGAAAACCUACAGGACUUGGAUGAUACAUCACGGUCAUUAUUUAAAUCGGAUGCUAUUGAAAAUGUUGGAUAUGAUUCGGAUUUUAACUCAAAUAACAAACUUAUCAAAACUCAUCAUAAAAAAUCCCGAAAAGUAAGUGGUGGACAUAAGCACAGUAGACAAAGCCAGAUAGCUAUGGAACAGCAAGACCCAAAAGUUAUAACACUUUAUGUAUCCGGACGUAGGCCCGGUGAAUUCAGUACUGUAUUGUCAACUAUAGGAAUCGAAAAUGAUCACUCAGUCACCUUGCAGAAGAGGCACGCAUUUAUAGAAAUAAAGCCUACUAAUUCUAUAAAUCAUAUUUCCUAUACCGGAGAAAGCGAAAAACUAAAGAAAAAAACAUUGGGCUCAAAAGAUCGCAAAAGUUACUCGACAUUUCAUGAACAAAGUGAUCAAACUGCAUCGUUAGGAAGCUUUGUUGGUGAUGUGGAUCUUUGGUACGCAAAAUCAAGUAGGCAAUCGACACCACCGCCGACAACAACAAUCCAAUAUGGAUUUAAUGUAUAAAAUUAAAAUAGCUGGCUAUGUUAUUAAAGUUGACGUACAAUUUUUAUAGUAUUAAGUAUUCAUCGAGUCUGCAUACAAGCGAAAGAGGGUGUCUUUUUGAAGAUGUCUGAUUACUAGUCAAAGAUAAUAAACAUUUCAACAGUAGUCUUCCUCAACACCCAACUAUGUAUGUAUGUAAACAAAAAUUAAACUUCAUAAAGUAACAAAAGAUUAAUCGUUGCCAAUUCUAAUAUUAAGAUUUUGACUUAAAAUUGAAUAAAUUGACGGUAGACUGUAAUAUCUUAAUAGAGUGUACAAAAAGCUAGAUAUAAUGUUUGCAUUAACUGGCGUAUGCAUAUGAUAGAAAUUGUUUUGACUCAGAUCGAGCUUACAUUUUUUUCCACAUAUGUAUGUAAAUAUAAAUAUCUUAUGUAUAAUGAGUACCUUAAAAGUUAAGAUUAAAAUAAAACAAAUAUUAACCUUUUAAUAAAAAAAUAAUACUGCACUAAUGUAUAAUACUCUAAUAAUGUACUUGAGUAUAUCUCCAUAAUAAUUGUAAGAUUUUGGGAAGGACAAAAUUUAUUUUCUUUAAAAAUAAUUCAUUUUUUCUUUAUAGGAUAUAAUAAAAAAAAUUGUUCUGUAAGUCUUUAAAACAAACAGAUAUAGCAUUACUGUAAUUUUCAUACUCAUGCAUAUAUGUACAUGUACCUUUUUCUGUUAUUGUUAUUAUUAUAUUUAAAGAUGAAUAUAUGUGUAUACUAAUAAAUAAAUUUAAUCAAUUAUUCUUACUAAUACAAAAAUUAACAUACGAGUAUAUACGAUCAAUAAAAGUAAAUUACUAUAUUUUUUUGUAUUACAAUUAAUUUUAAACGUAAAUGUAAUGACGAUCUUUGGUUUAAAUACGUUCUUCACAUUUUGGUAAAUGUAAAUUGACUGCACUAAAACAUGUGUCAUUUCUCGGUUUAUACUGAAUGUCUGGAGAAAGAUAUAAUCGAAACGUAUUGGAUUCAGGGGUAAAAGAAGGCUUUUCUAUGUAAAAUGCUCUUUAUAAAAUAAAUGACUUUUACCUAACAAAAA